AGCAAGCGUCUCUCUUUAACUUUACUUAUUGUACUUUAAUUGUAUAUAGUUAUAUUAAUGCAAUGUUUUGAAUAAAAAUGUGACAAGCAAAAAAUCUUCAGGUGGUUGCUCUUAUGUAUUAAAGUUCAUUGUGUUUUUUAUCUCCGGUAUCAGCUGUUGUUGUCGUCAUUUCAAAAUGUGUGCCUACCAACUCUAAAUAAUAAAAUGUUCUAGUAAACUUCUUAUCAACAAAGAUAAAGGUUUUGGACAAAUAAAGUAACACAUCUUAAACAGCAAAUAAAUUUAAUAUCACGCACAUAAAUAAAAUCACUGUUGACAUUAAAUCAAACUAAAUAAAAUUAUUUAGGUACACAUAUCACCAAUUAUGUAUAAAAUAACCAACAAAUAAAACAUUGACCAGGAAUGUUUACCAUAAGAAAUAACACAUCACCAAUUGUAGUUUGUUCAAAACUAAAUCACAGCUUACUCUUUGAGCCCUCAUGUUUUACAGGUAUCACAGUAUCCUUUUUGACGAUGGGGACGCGUGGAACAGAGAUGAUUAACAGCCCAUCAGCGGUCAAUCUGGACUUUAUUUCCUCAAUUCGACAGCCUUCUGGAACUUGGAAUCGCCUUAUGAAUUGCCGGGCAAUGUACCCAUAGUCAUCUUGUUUCUCCUCGUGUUUCCCUUCCACAACAAUAAACCCAUCAGCUGUUUUCACCGAUAUUUCCUCGGGGGCAUAAUCGUGCACCUUUAUACAUAUUUCAUACUUAUCAACUCCACGUUUCACAACAUUUUCUUGCUUCCAAGGAAAUCCUUCUAACCAGUCAAUUGAACGCAAUAGCGUGUCGUCUCCAAAAAGUGGAGGUGUUUGUAUCGUGGGCAGCUGAAGCAUUUCGUAUUUUUGUCGAAUUAUUCUAGAAAUGUCAUGAAUUAACUCUGCGUCUUACUACGCAGACUCGCGUUACGCUAACAACCGCGUCACAAUAACUAAACCUGUUUUGAUAUUUAGUACGUAAAAGUUAAAUGCAGAUGGCGCUUCAUAUAGGUUAUAGGUUAGGUAACCACCUUAUACUGUUUGAUUGUAUCUGUGGAUAGAAUUUAAUUUAUUUUGGCGGCAAACUUUAACGUUAGCUGUAAAGUUAGUUAAGUUAUUGGACCGUUUGCAGUUAUCUGUCUCAAGCUCCAAGCUUUUGAGGUUACCUCGCUUAGACCUUACUUAUUGUAGAUACGUGAUUAUUAUUUUAUUCUUGUUAAACAAUAAAACGUGAUAACAUAAAAAAGAUAUUAUAGUUACACGAAAAUGUCGGUGAAAAAGGUAGCGGUAGUUACCGGAGCUAAUAAAGGACUUGGUUACUGCAUUGUUAAAAAACUUUGCGAUCAGUAUAACGGCAAGGUUUAUUUAACUUCAAGAGAUGAGCAUAGAGGAAGAAAGGCGUGUGAUGAAUUAAAGAAGUUGGGACUCAAUCCGUUCUUUUAUCAAUUGGACGUCAGCAAUAAGGAAAGUGUUAACAAUUUUGUGAAACACAUUCGUCAGGAAAAUGAAGAAGUUGAAAUACUGAUAAACAACGCCGCAAUUCUAUUUUUGAAAGACGCGCCGGAACCGAAGAAUUUUCAAGCGGAACAAACGAUUUCCAUUAACUUCACAGCAUUGGUCGAUUUCACGGAAGCCGUAUUGCCAUUUAUGAAAAAUGGCGGGAAAAUUGUAAACAUUACCAGUUCUUCUGGCCACUUAUGUAGAAUACCUUCUGAAGAAUUAAGAAACAAAUUCCAGUCAGAAAAUUUGACUGUAGAGGAAUUGAAGACUUUGGUCAAUAGUUAUGUUGAAGAUGUCCAACAGGAUAAAGAAAUCGUUAAAGGAUGGGGCGAUUCUCCUUACGUAGUAUCAAAGGUCGCAGUCAAUGCCUACACCUUUAUAUUACAUCGUAGAUUAACACCAAAAGGCAUUACUGUGAACUGCGUUCACCCAGGAUAUGUGAUGUCUGACAUGACGCGCGGCGGCGGGUCAAUUACCCCGGAUGACGCGGCCAACGUGCCAGUGCAACUGGCCUUAACCCCAUGCGGUGCUGGCCUGUAUGUCUGGCACAAUGGCAAAGCAGUGCCAUGGGACGGGCCAGAUCCUCGCGUUUACAUUGAUGGAAGAACAUAGCCAACAUUUGGUUUGAAAAAUACUUUCUUUUUAGUGACUGUACAGUUGAAAUAAAACACUUAUGGAUGAAUCAGUACCAAAAAAUGUUUAUCAAACACCUGUUCUCGCAGUUGUUUUUAUCGAUUGCAUCUCUUCAAUGCCUUGUUUGUAUUGUGAUAAAAGAUAAGGAUUGUCAUUAAAAGAAUGAAUGUAUAAUUUCUUGCUUUAAUUUUAAUGAUCUUUCUCAUAGUUAAUGUCUCAAUAAGGUACAAAUGGAACAGCUAGUAUUGGCAUCUCAUUUUAAUAUAGAAAAUAUAAUCUGUCAUAACAGGGAUAUGAUUUUAGUAAAUAUAUAAUAUAUAACGAAUAUACAUAUAUAACGCUCAGGUGAACGCAGUAAAGAAGAGUAAAGAACGAAAAAAGAAUUCACUCUAAGAAAUAUGAUAAGUCAUCAACCGGGGAGCGAACCAAGACAGAACGAAAAUAAAUAAAUCAAACUUUUUAAAUAAAACAAAUAGGUUAAUUUAUUUUACAAAUUCCUUUGUUAUCAUAUUUCUCUCGUUAAAAUAUGCUCUUUCUUAAUACAAAGAUUUUUCGAUCACAUCACCAACGGAAAGAAACAAUAAUAUUACUGAAUAGAAAAUAUAAUAUCCGCCGUGGGGACCAGUCGAAUUGCACGUGUGUGAGGGGGUCUACUUGGCGUCGAUGCACUCGGCCGGGUGCUGCGCCGACUUGGCGGGCGCGAAGCCAGGUGGCAGCGGGAUCCCGGCGUAGCCCACUCCCCAGCCCAGUUUCUGGCCCCAGCCCGCGCUGUUGGAGUUGGCCAUGGGGCUGAUGCCGCCCAUGGCGAGGCUGGGCGCGGCGUGCAGCUUGACACCGUUGGGCUGCACGCCGAGCUGGUUGAAGCGCGCGAACAGCUCCUGCUGCUGCUGGCUGAGGGCGGACGCCCCCGCGCCAGCGCCCGCUCCGCUCGAGCUCGAGCUCGUGUUCACGUUGCUGACGCCUACGUUCUUGCCGAAGUUCACCGAGUUCACUGAUGUCGACAUUAUCGCGGGGUCCAUUUGAGUCCAGUCUGAGAACAUGGCGCUAUUUGAGUUAUAACCUGAAAGGAAUCAAAAUACGUUGUAAGGACAAAUAUUACUCUUUUACAGGCAUGCCCUGAUUUACUUCUGAAGUACCGUCGUUCG